UAACAAGCCAAGUGUUUAACAAUGUGAAAUUCUGGGAUUUAAUCCGCACUAUGUUGCGUUUUACAUAUGUUUUUUCUGGCUGAAGUCACAAAGAUGCGCGUGUGAAGAUGGGGGACUGGAACUUCCUUGGUGGGAUCUUGGAGGAGGUCCACAUCCACUCCACCAUGGUGGGGAAGAUCUGGCUGACCAUCCUCUUCAUCUUCCGCAUGCUGGUGCUGGGCGUGGCGGCCGAGGACGUGUGGAACGACGAGCAGUCCGACUUCAUCUGCAACACGGAGCAACCCGGUUGCCGCAACGUCUGCUAUGACCUGGCCUUCCCCAUCUCGCUCAUCCGCUACUGGGUGCUGCAGGUCAUCUUCGUCUCGUCGCCCUCCCUCGUCUACAUGGGCCACGCGCUCUACCGGCUGCGGGCGCUGGAGAAGGAGCGCCAGCGCAAGAAGAUCGCGCUCCGCCGCGAGCUGGAGGAGGUGGACGCGGAGCAGGCGGAGGUGCGGCGGAAGAUCGAGCGCGAGAUGCGGCAGCUGGACCAGGGCAAGCUGAACAAGGCGCCGCUGCGCGGCUCGCUGCUGCGCACCUACGUGGCGCACAUCAUCACGCGCUCCGCCGUGGAGGUGGGCUUCAUCACGGGUCAGUACAUGCUCUACGGCUUCCAGCUGGACCCGCUCUUCAAGUGCGAGCGCGAGCCGUGCCCUAAUGCCGUGGACUGCUUCGUGUCGCGGCCCACCGAGAAGAGCGUCUUCAUGGUGUUCAUGCAGUGCAUCGCCUUCAUCUCACUCUUCCUCAACAUCCUGGAGAUCAUGCACCUGGGCUACAAGACACUCAAGAAGGGCAUCCUGGACAUCUACCCACACCUGAGGGACGACCUGGAAGACAGCUACUACCCCAGCAAGUGCAAGAAGGAUUCGGUGGUCCCCCAAAUGGGCAUGACCACCGGGCGAAAGGCCACGCUGCCCUCUGCACCGAGCGGCUACAAUCUGCUCAUGGAGAAGCCGCCUGACGGUCCAGCCUACCCCCCUCUCAUCAACCCCUCCUCUGCCUUCGUACCGGUUCAGGGGGACGGGCCGCCUAAAGGUGGGGUGGACGCCCUCAAAGAGUCGGCGCACAGCCCCACGGAAUACAACAGCAACUCCAACAACACCAGCAGCUCAGGGCCGAGCAAAUCGGUCACUCCACCCAAGCCGGACGAGGCGGAGGAGCAGGCACACCUCCCACCGCAUGACGAGGAGCGGGAGUCGGAGAGCAGCCCUGACUCGCCCGUCCUGCCCAGGGACUCCACGCACUCCUCGUGCCCCACGCUGCCGGUGAGUGCGGUCAAGAAGCCCUGGAAGGUCACCGCACCCUGGCACUGCUCCACGGUGGUCGAGGGCAACACCUCGGAGGCGGACUCGUACGGGAGUGCCAAGGGUCGUGCCGGUGCCAACGGCAGCGCACCCUACACCGUCGUUCGGUCCCGCUCGGGCUCCAAGUCCAAGAGACCCAGCCGGCCCUGCACACCUGACUCCAUCGAGGAGACGAGCUCGGAAUCGAGGGGAAGCCCUAGAAUGUUGUCUCCGGCCCGCCGCACAUCAGUGGCCAGCAGCAGCACCAGCAGCAGACGAGCCGCCCCAACAGACCUGCAGAUAUAACGGCCUGACAGUCGGGCCAUCAGAAGUGCCCAACUUCGACCGCAAGGUGACAGGAUAUUCAUUUGGAGAACCCUGGAAAAUAAAGACAUGUGAACAGUCUGUAGAGUCCACUUAUCCAAAACUUUUCUAG